UCUUGGAGUAGUUUGUUUUUAAUUUUUUGUCUGAAUUAUGGACUUCCAGCGCAAUGAUGCCAUUUUAAUGGAGAUCCUGCAGGAUCGAAAGACAAUUACGGGAUUUCUUGACUCCAUAUUCGGUUUUCUACGGCGCAACACCGACUUUUACCAUACAAAGCUUGAUGAAAAGGAUAAAAUAGGUUUCCCCCAGGGCGUUAGGGAUCAGAUUCUUUACGGCGCUAUGCAGCGCCAUGAUCCGGACUGCUGGCUUCAGACAAUGGCAGCUGAAGAUGGAAUUGGUGAUGAUGGUGAAGUGGCUCCGUUGGCCAUCGAAGAAAUAACAGUGGAAAACGAAGAAUUUCACCCAAUGGAAGAUAUAACUUCUGUUGUUACCGAACGAAAGGAACAGCCAACAUUCUCCCCCGACGACUAUAGGAACGGAGAUAUCUUUGAGACCCAUUGCUGGUCACAAACCCAAAAGGAUGUGGAGCUUCAAGUAAAAUUACCGGAGGAGAUGCGAUCCUCGAAGAAACUAAGUAUACUAAUCAAGCCUCAGAGCGUUAAAGUAAGCGGCAAACUCCAGCCAGAUGUUGUUAUCCUGGAAGGGAAUCUCAGCCAGCGGAUCAAGCACAAUGAGGCAGUGUGGAGCAUUGACAAGAACAAACUAAUAAUCAGUUUUGACAAAUCCAAAGAUCUGUGGUGGGAGCGACUGUUUGAAGGUGAUCCCGAAAUCGAUCACAAAAAAAUAGAGUGUGAGAAUUACAUAGAUGAAUUACCAGAAGAAACUCAAGCCACUCUGGAAAAACUGCGAUUCGAUCAAAUUGCGGCGGAUAAGGCUCAAAACGAGUUGCAGGCUUCAAAUCCUAAUCAGGCCGAUACCAUUGAACGUUUACGAACCGCCUGGGAUGCUGAAGGUUCUCCUUUCAAAGGACAGCCAUUUGAUCCUUCUGUUGUGCGAAUAAGCUAGUAUUUUCUAUAAAAUAUAUCUACUGAAUUUUUUAA